GUUGGUUCAAUUUUUUCGUUGCUUGUGGCAGGCCUAUUUGUAAUUUUGUAGUAUUUUGUUUAAUAUACCAUACCAAUCGUGCAUACCAUUUGAGUAAUAUGACUGAUGUCAUCGACGACACGCUGUCAUGGGAACAAAGAAGGGAACUACGCCGAAAGAAACGCCAGGAACUAUUGGCAGAGGCAGACAAGAUAGUGAAGCCCGAUAAAGUGACAUCUUCUCAAAUAACUAAUGAUGAUGAUAGUGAUAAUUUUGAACAAGAAAGGGCGCGUCGAAGAAGAGAUAGGGAAGAAAAGAGAAAAAAAGAAAGAGAGGAAUUGGAAAAACAAUUGAAAGAGGAAGAAGAUGCAAGAGCUGAAAGAGAAAGAAGAAGAGAGGAAAGGAGGAGACAACGAGAGGAAGGAGAUGGAAUGGUGAGCAAAGCAAAAGAUUCAUUGUCUUAUUCAUACAAAAGCACGAUUACAACAACUGAACGAACAACCCAUGACAAUGAUGAGGAUGUUGUGGAGAGAACAGUCACAGAAGUUACUGAAGCUAUGAGCAAUGGUCAGGAUGAAUAUGCAGAUCAGAAUGGCGAACAUAAUGAAAGUGUGGAGGAGGAAGAUGUCGAAGUUGAAGUUGAUGUUGAGGAAAGUAAUGAAAUAGAAGAAGAUGAUUCACAUAAAACAACGUAUACAUCUGUAACAAUAACAACUACGAAAAAAUCAAUUGAACCACAAAGCCCAGAAGAUAGCGAAGAGGAAGAAGAAAAGGAAGAGGAUGAAGAAGAACAAAAACAGUCCAGUAGUAGCAGUAGUGAAAACGAACAUGAAUUGGAAGAACCUGUUGCCAAAUCCCGUGCUGACAUCUUACAGGAGAAAAAGAUGGAACGUGAAAGAAAACGAUUGGAAGAAGAAAAAAGAGAGCAAGAAGAAAAGGAAAGAAUUAAACAAGAACAUGAGGCCAAAAUGAAAGCUGAACGUGAGGAAAGAGAGAGAAGAAUGGCAGAAGGUGAAGCAAAAAGAAAAGAAUUCAAAAAACAAUCUUCAUUAGAUCCACAAUCUCUUAGUUCAAAAGGAAAUACUGCUGCACCGCUGGUAGAAAAGAGUGAUGAUUCACUGUCUGCAGUUGGAGAUACUGUGAAUGUGAAAAGAGGUUCUCACACAACUGAAAAAUCAAUAAGGCCUGUGGUGUCAAACUCUAAAGUUGAUAGAGAUUCAAAGAAAAAGAUGUCAUCACCUGCAAAGUCCCAAAGUUUUCAUGUGCGGUCACAUACAGAAAAUCCAACUCGACCACUCACUCGUAAGAAUCAAACUAGGCGUUCUCUGAAUGCUAUGGAAAAACAAGCUGGUGAUCUGUACAGUUUUUUGUCGGAACUAGAAAUGCAAAAAUCUGCUGGUCCAAAACAAUUGAAGGAAUUUUUGGAAUCAAGUGAGCGAUCUGAAAAGGGUUCUGGUGAUGUGAAAUCUUUCCAUACAGCAAAAUCCCCCAGACCUACUAUUCAAGAAAGAAUGGAACAUCUUGGAAAGGCCAGUGCACCUGCUAAGCAGCAUAGUCAACAACAAAAACAGGACUUAGGAAUGAGAUCAACUCCAAAACCUCCCACUAGGAGUGAUAGCAUGAAGAAAUUGGAAAUGGCUCGAUCCAAAUAUGCCAGUGGAGCUGUUGAUAGUAGUCUGAACCAGAUUAAUUUGAAAGCGUUUGACUCAAUGAAAGUUGGAAGAAAAUCGCCAACGGAUGCCCUAUCCAAGGUUACAGAAGAAACUGUUGCUGAAGAUAAGACCACAAAAACUUCUUAUAAAAUGGAAUAUAAUGGAUCUAAGAAUAACAAUAAAGUUGACGGUGGUGAGGCAGAAUCUACUAUUCCACAACAACAUAAUUCUGAAUCUAAAAACUAUAGCCAGCUUGAAGUUGACAUUGAUUGCUCAACACCAUCAUAUGAGAGUGAAAAUAUUUCAUUGCAUGCUCCAAAAGCUGUGGCAGAUUCAAAAAUAAUUAAGGUGGAUAAAAGAGAGAAGAUUACUGUAGUUUCUCAAAAGCAGCCAUCUGAUAACAAAGCAGAUAAAACUGCUCAAGCUCAAGAACCAGAAACUCGCAAGCCACGUACAAGAAGACGGGGAAGAAAGCCUGAAUUGCUGCCUAAACCUGAAUCGAUAUCUUGCUUCAAUGAACCUGAUGAAUUCACAGUAAAGGUUGAUAUAAAUAUAAAAAGUUCGAAGUCAUCAUCUGAAAACAAUGUCGGCCAAUAUGAUCAUAAUUUUGAGGUUGUUGGGAAGCCUACUCAGAAGCAAUAUAUUGUAGAGGAGAAGAUGUCAAAUAAUGGCACUGAUACGUCAAAAAUGUUUGAUGACCCCAAAAAUAAUGCCAGACAUGACAAUGACAAUUUUGAAAAAUCAUGUGAAGAAAGAAGUUUUUCUGUAAAACUUAAUUCCGAGGUCGGUGUUCGAGGGCGUAGAUUGAAGAAAGAAGACAACGAGCCACCCACUGCCACACUCCUUAAUUCUUCUAUUGCGAAUAAGGAAGAUGACACAAGAAAAUCACCGAUGCAAGCCUUGAGCAACAAGAUGUCUGAUUCACCAAAAACAUCAAAACCUGUCGAUACACAAGUUGCCAAACUCAGUAGUCUGGAUGAUCGUCUCAAGAAUUAUACCAACAAAGCACAAAAACAGGAAACUCAAAAGAAAGGAGCAGUUACACCCAAAUCUGGGGAUGUUGCAAAUCGUCUCAAUAUGUGGGAGACUGGUCGCGUUGCUUGUGGUGACAAAACUCCAAAGAAAGUUUUGGACACAGAUGUUGUAAAACAGGGAGCAGCUGUUUCUAGUAGAAAAAAUAUGUGGGAAACUGGACAAGUAUCAGUGGGAUCUUCUGCAGAAAAAAGAUCGGCUCGUGCUAAUGUCCAUGGAGCUGACUUUUCCAGUCGCAAAAAUUUAUGGUUGAAAGCGACACAAGAGUCAUCAAAAGCUAGUAGCCCAGCCAAACCAGGGGAUACGCAAGUUAUAAAAACUGGAGUAAUGAGCCGACUUAACAAGUGGGAGAAAGGCGAAGUCACAAAUGCUCCUUCUGCUGUUUCCAAACAGAAGGCAACUGAACUACCCAAGUCUGGUGUUGUCGACAGAAGAAGCAAGUGGGAAAAUAUUGCUCAUGAACCUCCGAGUCAAUCAAAAUCUAAGACUACAUCGGCUCGACCUGUUAUUACUACCGAACUAUCAAGCAGAAAACACUUAUAUGAAAGCAAAACAGAAGCUGCUACAGAGCCAAAGAUAGAGAGAAAGCCAAUAGCCACUGGACGAAUUAAACAAGAAGUUAAACAAGAGGUGCAAAGUGAUGAUGAAGAUGAUCAUCCUGAGCCUGAACCUAAAAGGAAGGUGUCUCUCAGCAGCUACAGUGGAGAAUCGGAUGAACAUGGCUUGUCAGAUUCGGCAUCAGAAGAUGAACAGCAACAUGGACAUUUAGCUAGCAGUGGAACAAAUGAAUCUGAUCAAGAAUAGACGCAAUUGUUUUGGUACCCUUUUAAUAAUUGUUACGACACGAUUAUCAUUCAUUGGUCGGACUGAAGAUUUAUAUAUACACGAAGAACAAGCCUAUUCAGAGGCAAUCAUAUAUUUGCAAUCCCAUGAACAAUGUUUGUGGAAAAAGUAUCUUUGCUUUUAUUUUUUAGGUCUGAAUGAAUAAUGCACCGAAGUUGGUUAUUAUUAAUUUGCUGUUCAAAUUUCUAUAUUCUAUCAGUAUUGGCAUGGGAUGGUAUUUCCCAAUACGAUUAUGUAUUUUUUCUCGGUGAUAACAUUUUUCUGCUCAGCUAUUCUUUAUUACAGAAGGCUUUUUAACAGUGUGAUACGAUCUGUGACUCAUAAUUUUGGUUACUGAUAUAUUUCUAAAACUUGACAAUGUCAAAUCAUGUCAUUUCGUUUCUAUUGUUGGCUGCAUUUAGAUAUUUUAUCCCUUUAUUCAGUGCCUGCAACACGAUACAGUAUUUUUGUUCUCAUUUUUAUCCUGUCUUAAUCAAGUGCCUUUGCUUCACAGUCACACGAAGUGUGUAAUUUCCAAUUAUUAAAAUGUUCAUCGUUAUUAAUGAUUUUUGCUAUAUCCGCACGCCUGGGGUGUUUUUAUGCUUGUCGAUGUUAUAUCUAUUGCAGAUGAAUUUUGUGCAUAAUUCGUGAAUAUUAUUAUAUAAUGAAAAAGUAUUGCAUCACCCCAUGUGAUAAAUUUGUUCAAUAAUUAAAUUUCAAAAAAUCAAUUGACACGAGGUCAGAAUACUACUUCCUGAGUGUCCUAUAUAGUUAUGAUGCUGAUGAACAUUACAUUAAAUCUUUCAGAAUCUCAUCAAAAUACCUUUGUACUGACGGAACAAGGUUAUUUCUUCAGUGUUUUAAUUUAGAAUUUCAACUAUUCGAUUUGAACAAAGAGUAUCUUUAAUAAUCUAAUUUAUACUUUUUAAAUAUAGAACACACAUACAAUAUUAUGAUUGACUUGCACAACAUCUCAAUUUCUUAAAUUAGACUAAAUUUCGAAGAAUGGUAGGGACUCUUUCCAUGAGUCUAAAGAAUGAAUGAAAAGAAUUUAAACAGUAAACCAAUCCAUAUAAGUCAGUCAACAUAAUUAUAUUUAAUGCAGACUGCUGUACUUGUACAAAACAUGCCUGAAAAUAUUCCGUCAAUUUUUGAAACUUUUAAACAAUUUUACAAGAAGUUAUAUUUUUAUGUCUAUUGUUUUUCACACUACGCUGAUCUAUUGUUCGAUGGUAUAUAAAGACGGGCAUUAUCUAAUUACAUUAUCUGAAAUUUAACUCUGAUCAUAAUUCAUGUUUCCUUGUUAAAUUUGUUUCAUUACGAAUCUACCUACACUACUGUGUAAUAAUCGGCCAUGUAUAUAGUUGUACAUACCAUAUGUCGGAUGAGAAAUUGUUGCGAAAAGAAAAAAAAUUAUAACAUAUAGGUAUUACAUGCUGACAUGUAUGUUCUAUUGAACUAAUUUACAUAUAGAAUCUGGAAAAUGGUAUAUUUUCAUUUGAAGUUUUUUUGCACUUUUUAUAUUGUAUGUAAGCAACUAUCUUAUAUCCCUAAUGCCGUAAUCGAUUAUUACUAUCAUUAUUCUAUAUAACAUGUGAUUACUGUAUAAAAUGAUUAAAAUUGGAAAACGUUUAA